AUGCGGUUCGAACCUUCCAAGGGCCGCUCCCUUGUGUUCCUUAUACUUGGUCUUCUUGGGCAAGGCGCUCUGGCCCAUGAUCAUCAUGGAAGCGAGAAUAAUAUUCCUGAGGGGCAGACGGUCUCCCUGGAGCCACUCGACAAAGUUCUUUGGGUUCACAUCUUCGUCCAGAUGAUCGCGUAUGGCGUCGUAUUUCCCAUUGGAAUGAUAUUUGGUAUGACCAAGUCCCGAUGGCAUGUUCCCACGCAAAUAUUCGGCACAGCACUGGCUAUCGCAGGCUUCUUCCUCGGUCAUGCUCACGGCGGUCGCGAGUUCAUCGGUAACAACGUUCACUCUGUGUUCGCCCAUAUCCUGCAAAUCAUCCUGGCUGUCCAAGUCGUCUUGGGACUCUACUUGAAGUUGCACUGGGAGCGAGGCAUCCUUGGAAUGAUUAGGAAGCUUGUCCGUCCUUGCCACUCGAUCCUGGGCAAGUUGAUGCCAGUAUUAUCCUGGACCCAGAUGAUCUUUGGUGGUAUCACGGCGCUCGGGUUCUGCCAGGGUGAGCACGUCGGCCAGUGCGCUGCUCAUUUCAUUAUGGGUAGUGCUUUUAUUGGCUAUGGUAUCAUCCUGACCAUCAUGCUUCUUGUUGGGCAGAUGUGGCUUCGACGCCGUAAUCAGUCACAAGAGUUCUUCGACAGUGCUAUGAUUGCGGCUUGGGGAUGUGUCAAUACAUUCACGGAACAUCGUUGGGGCACUGCCUGGGUCAAGAACGAUUGGCAGCACACCUCGAUGGGUAUCAUUUGGUGGGCUGCUGGUCUUGCGGGUAUCUGGCUGAGCAAGGACCGGGACGGAAACCCCAAGCGCAACUUCAUUCCUGGUUUUGUCAUCUUCAUCACAGGAUACGGCAUGUCGGCUCAUCCACAGGAGCUGAUGGUAAGCGCAGCAACACAUACCAUGUUUGGAUACACACUCAUGGGUGCCGGCUUGACGCGUGUCAUUGAGAUUGCCUUCAUCCUCAAGGAUAAGCCGUCGCUGUCCGAUGAUGGCCGUGCUUACAACAGUUUCCAGUACAUUCCUGUUUUUCUCCUUUAUUCGGCCGGUUUCUUCUUCAUGGGUGCCCAGGAAGAGCAGAUGUUGCUCGUUGCCAGCUCCCCAAUGGACCAUAUCUCUUACAUUUUGGUUCUCUUCUCCCUCGCUUUCUUGGUAUUCCUUUUCGUAAACAUGCUCAUCCACCUCUACGAUCGUCUUGCCAACCCUCCUAUCGAUACCAAGGGCUUCGCAAACGGGUAUUCAGACGCCAAUGGUCGUGCGGUUGAGGAAGGCCAGGUUGCGGAUGCGGAGGAAUUCGAGCUAGAUGGCCUAACGAGCGACGACGAAGUUGACGAGGGUGAGAGAAUGCUCCGUCGUAGCGGCGAAACCCCUGGCGUGAGGUUAUAA